CCACACCGGUGGAUGAGGAGUUGUGGGGGAUUUCAGCACAGCCUCUCUUCGCGUCAUGAGAGUUGUUCGGUGAACGACCACAAGUAGCCAAAGUCAACCAGAAAGAGUUAUUACAAAGAAUGUGACACUUACGGUAGACUCAACUCUUUCUUAAAUUGCCUAGACAUUUUUUUAAAAGUAUAAGCUCGAAGAAGCUAUGGAGCCGAUAACUAAGUGGACACCAAAGCAAGUUGUAGACUGGAUGAGAGGUUUGGAUGACAGCCUACAGCAGUACGUGAGCAACUUUGAGCGGGAGAAGAUCAGUGGAGAACAGCUACUGAAGAUUACGCAUCAGGACCUGGAAGAGCUUGGUGUGGCCAGAAUUGGACACCAGGAACUGGUGUUGGAGGCUGUGGAUCUGCUCUGUGCUCUGAAUUAUGGGGUGGAGACGGACAACUUAAAGAACCUGGUUGUGAGGAUGAGAGCUGCCACCAACAGUCUCCACAUGGCCACGUCUGACCGAAGGAAAAGCCCGGUGUAUGAUGGCAGUGCUUCACGCAAGCCACCCAAUGACUUUCUCACAUGUGUGGUUGAGCUCAUUGGUGCUGCCAAGAGCCUCCUGGCUUGGCUUGACAGGACGCCGCUUACAGGGAUCAGUGACUUCACAGCCACCAAGAACAAGAUCAUUCAGCUGUGCCUGGAGCUUACCACCACAGUUCAACAGGACUGCUGUGUUUACGAGAUGGAAGAAAAAAUUCUAGAAGUUUCCAAGAUUUUGAACAGCAUCUGUGAUCAGACUGUGAGAACCACGUCUGAUCCGCUUAUGAGCCAGUCUGCCUGCUUGGAGGAAGUCCAGCUGACCAAUAUAAAACCGGGUGAAGGUCUGGGAAUGUACAUCAAGUCGACUUAUGAUGGGUUACAUGUCAUUACUGGAACCACAGAACAUUCACCUGCAGACCUGACCAGGAAGAUCCAUGCUGGUGAUGAAGUGAUUCAGGUUAACCAGCAGACAGUGGUGGGCUGGCAACUAAAAAACCUGGUCAUCAAACUGAGGGAGGAUCCCAAAGGUGUGUUCCUCCUCCUGAAGAAGCGACCCACAGGAACAACAGGUUUUACCCCCGCCCCACUCAAAAACAUGCGCUGGAAGCCUCCUGUACCUCAGAACAAUUCCUCCUUAAUCCGGGCCCAGUCCCCCUGCAGCUCAGGAAAUGGAUCCACCAAAAAAGAGAAACCAGCAAUCUUGGAUUUUUAUAUCCCGCCUCCUCCUCAUAUGCCAUACACUCCAAGAGAGGAAAGAACAGACACCUUCUCCAGUUUUAGUAAAAGGCCAAAAGGCUCUGAAUCACCCAACUCCUUCCUGGACCAGGAGAGCAGGAGACGCUGCACCAUCGCAGAUUAUGACAAACUAAAUGUUGGCUAUCCAAUCGAAGCCAAUGUGAUACAGCCCAGAAUGAGGGAGCACAAGCCAUCACGUGGUAAGCCCCGCCCCCUCUCCAUGCCUGUGGAUACUUGUGUGUCAAUCGUAGAUCCCUUUGCUAAGCCCUGGGCGCACAGCAGGAAAGGUGAGGACCUCCUGUACAGAUACUUAAGCAAUGAGAGGAUCCCCACCAUAGCCGAGGAGGUCGCAUCAGCCGCUUCUGCCAGCUACAUGCCAACAGGCGAGCACCGCCUCAUCAGAAUGGACCACAUCCGAGGAAGCCGCUACUACUCCAACUCGGACCUCCACAACAGCGCCACCAUCCCCUAUCAGGAGGAUGUCAAAAAGGCCCCCGUAGCUUCGGUGUCCAAACGCACAGCAGAACGUUCACUACUGGGACACGACUGGCACUCGAGCAGGGACUUCCUCAACCGGUAUAAUCAACCACAUAUACGAUCCUGGUCCUUCUCUCAAGCUGCUGCCUUCCCUAUUUCUGUGUCACCCGCCAUGGCUGCAGAUGACUACAACCCUGUCUCCCUGCGACACAAAUCCAAGAAGAAGAGCCGGGGAGGCAAUGGUACGAUGAGCAGGAGGCGUGUGUCAGUCAAAGAGCUGGGUCAGCCAGACCACCAAGGCUGGCUGUACAGGAAGAAGGAGAACAAGGGCUUCUUGGGUAUCAAAUGGAAGAAGUUCUGGUUUGUCCUGAAGAAGACUGCACUGUAUUGGUACACAAAUCCCCUGGCAGAGAAAGCCGAGGGCUACAUUGACCUCACCAACUUCAUGAUAGACCGAGCCAUAGAGUGCAAGAAGAAACAUGCAUUCAAAGCUUGCCACCCGCAAGUCAUGAUGUUUUAUUUUGCUGCUGAGAGCCACGAAGAAAUGAACUUAUGGCUCAAUAAGCUCGGGCUUGCCUCGAUCCAUUAUGAGCCCACACAACCAAACACUGCAGCUGAGUGUUACAGUGAAGCCAGUGACCAAGAAGAAGGUGAAAACACAGAGAUACCUCCACCACCGUACUCUAUGGGUGCUUCUGGUCCCCCUGGUAGCACACACCAGGGCACUCUUCCGCCACCAUACUCCUCCGCAGUCCCCAGUGAAGCCAACGGCUCGCAUUCCUCACCCGUCAGUACGAUUACGUCGGACAGCUCCUCCGCUUCAUCGCUCUCCAAACAGCGGCAGUCGUGGUUAGACCUGGUCGCGCAGGCGUCCCCACCUCUUGCCACUAGCGAAACGGCAGUGGUGUGCUCAGUCCAGGUGCACUUGCAUCAACAUCCAUCAUUGACGGUAGAAGGGUCGGAGAGUUCAGCUCCUCUUGAGUCUGCUGGCACAGGGUCCAAUGAGGAACGACAGGCACAAAGGGAGGCUUCAGGUGCUGAAGACCUAGGGGAUCACGGUACCAGCUCCGACGAGAUGGAGAAGCUUUACAUCCAUCUGAAGGAAGCCAGUCUCUCACCUAUAGGGGACCGUAAACCAUCCACAAAAAGGGAAUUCAGAGCCUCCUUUAUAAAGCGCUGCAAAAACCACACCGUCAAUGAUAAACUGCAUCUGAUCAGGACGCUGAACAGCACAUUAAAGUCCAAACAGGCAGAUCUACAGGCACUCGAGCAGGUGCUGUCCGACCCUGAACUUACGUCAGUCAGGUUCAGAGAAUGGAAGGAGGCCAAUGGGCCUUUGGUGAAUGAGAUCUGUGUGCAAAAUGGUCAGCAGGUGGCGUCAGAGGCCCCACAGGAUGCCGUGGCUGCCUUUGCUGCCCCUGUGGGGGAGACCACUUUCUAAAUACUGAUCAUGACUUUGGACUUGUUACAUACACUUACACAGACAGCUGUCAAGUUUUCAUGUGAGACUACUACGGACUUUAAACUCUUUUCAACUAGCAACAGGAUUUGAAAUGAAAUGAGUUUGGCAUGUCACAUUAAAAUGUGAAAUGCAUCUUAGUAUUACAUUUGGUUUGUAAGAUAAGCAAACGUUUCAAGUGAUUGCUUUUGUUUUGUCCAGAUUCGUUUGAUUUCUACACAGAAAUGUUGUUGUAUGUCCUGUCUAUUUAGAUGGUAUCAGUAUUGGUCAUGUUUUUAAAUACUUUUACUCUCUUAUGGGUGCCAUGCACCUUCAAUGCCUGUUACAUGUUCAAGUGCUGAGACAAGAGAACCAUCAGCCCAGAACCACAGUCUUUACAGACGGAUUAAAUAUGUAUCAUAAAUCAUGAAUUCAAUUUGAAUGAAAGAUGUUUGGAUGUAGUAAAACUACUAAAUCCCACACAAAACAGCUACCCACCAACAAACUAUUUUUGCAGACUUAAAUGUGUAAAUACUUUUGGAAGCAGGACCGGUUGUUGCACAACAGAUACAAAGCACACAAACACUGUAUGGGUCUAAUUUUUGCUAAGCAGGGCCCACUGACUGUUGGUACCAUAGCUUGGCACAAAUAUGGAUUUUUUUUCUUCUGUAAUGUCUGCUGUAUGUCCUAAUAAACUUUGAUUGUACAGCGUU